AUGGUGAUGAAGAGCAAGAAGAUUAAGAGUAAGAGGGUUUCGUUGAAGAAGAAGUACAAGGUGAUACGGAAGGUGAAAGAGCACAAUAGAAAAAAAGGGAAGGAAGCGAAGAAGCUUAGGCUGAGUGGGAAAAAUAAGGUUGAGAAGGAUCCUGGUAUUCCCAACAAUUGGCCUUUUGAGGAACAUGAACUCAAAGCCCUUGAAGCUCGAAGGACGAAGGCCAUUGAGGAAUUGGAGCAAAAGAAAGCCGAACGCAAGGAGAGGGCUCGUAAAAGGAAAUUGGGCUUGCUAGAGGAGGAAUAUGACUCUAAGUUUAGCGUGGGUCUGGCUCUCACUUCCAAUUUAAUAUUUAAAUGCUUGUGUUGUCAUUAG